AUAUAUACUCCUCAAAGGAGAGGGGAAGUGGAAAUUAGUGUUUGAGAGACAAAAGAGAAGGAAUAAGAGCAAAGAUGUUGAAAUUCUUGUCGAAGGUGAAAAUCGAAUUCAAUGCCUUAGACCCAAGAAUAGCUUCAUGUAUGGAGUUUUUGGCUCAAUGUAAUGCUCCUAAAGCCAAAGAAUCAAACCCAAGUUGCCAGGUUCAAGUCAAGCGCCGCACCGAUGACCAUCCACCCCAAAUCACAGUCACCUUCGUCAAUGGUGUCGAGCAAAGCUAUGAUGCUACUUCUACACCGGCACAGAACAUCCGUACUAUGAUUCUAGAAAAGGGUCAGUAUCUUGAGACUGAACAAAUGUUCCGUGAAGCUGGUGAGAAAUGGCCUGUUGUUAUUCCUGAUGAAGAGCUUCAACAGCCAUUUCUCGGAAUAAAGCCAAAGAAAGCAGAAGAGAAGAAGCAGUAAUCACAGCUACUCACGUUUAGCUUCUUGUUGGGGCAUUUUCUCAGCCCUGAAAUGCCUUUUUACAGUCCUCAUUUCUUCUACAGUUAGCUCUGAAAUGCCUUUUUACAGUCCUCAUUUCUUCUACAGUUCUACCCUUUGUCCUGCGAAAAAAUAAUAUUUCCUUUCUAAAGAUUUUAUUUGAUUUUGGAAUUGACUCAGGCGAUGAUAUGUGCAUUCAAGGGUCAUCUUUAAGUUUUACCACACAGUUAACAUUUAGUAGCUCUGUUGCGAAGUGCUAGUCUGUUUUAUAACAUAAUGAGUUGCGCAUUUUCUUUUA